AUGAAGUUCGUUCUGCUGCUUUCCCUCAUUGGGUUCUGCUGGGCUCAAUAUGACCCACACACUACAGAUGGGAGGACUGCUAUUGUCCACCUGUUCGAGUGGCGUUGGGUUGAUAUUGCCAAGGAAUGUGAGCGAUACUUAGCUCCUAAGGGAUUUGGAGGGGUGCAGGUUUCUCCACCCAAUGAAAAUAUUAUAAUUAAUAACCCAUCCAGGCCUUGGUGGGAAAGAUAUCAACCCAUUAGCUACAAAAUUUGCUCAAGGUCUGGAAAUGAAAAUGAAUUCAAAGACAUGGUGACGAGGUGCAACAAUGUUGGUGUCAGGAUUUAUGUGGAUGCUGUCAUUAAUCACAUGUGCGGUGAAGGCAAUGGUGCAGGAACAACCAGUACCUGUGGAAGUUACUACAAUGCUAAUAACAGGGAAUUCCCAUCAGUUCCCUACUCUGCUUGGGAUUUUAACGAUAAUAAAUGUAAUAGAAAUAUUAAAAACUACAAUGAUGCCUAUGAGGUCAGAAACUGUCGUUUGUCUGGCCUUCUGGAUCUUGCACUGGAAAAAGAUUAUGUUCGUACCAAGGUGGCUGAGUAUAUGAACCGUCUCAUUGACAUUGGUGUAGCAGGGUUCAGACUUGAUGCUUCUAAACACAUGGCCUGGAGACAUAAAGGCAGUUUUGGACAAACUUCAUAA